AUGGAGUUCUGUAUCAAAGCUCAGCCCUUUUGGGUUUUGGUGCCCUUGGUUCUGGGUUUCCUCCUGGUGCUCAAGUCUGCCUUAGCUUCCCUCAGAUGGGUUUACAUCUACUUCUUCAGACCUGCAAAGGAUCUCAAGAAAUACGGUUCGUGGGCACUCGUGACCGGACCUACAGACGGCAUCGGAAAGGGGUUGGCCUUCGAGUUGGCCCGGAAACACCUUAAUUUGGUGUUGGUGGGUCGCAAUCCUGAGAAGCUCAAGGGCGUAUCCGAUGCGAUUAAGUCCAGAUAUGGUAGAACCCAGAUCAGGAAUGUUGUGGUUGACUUGGCUGGUGACCUAUCGGAGGGGAUCGAACGGAUAAGGGAAGCUAUCGAAGGGUUGGAUGUUGGGAUUCUUGUGAACUGCGCUGGGACUGCUUACCCUUACGCGAAGUUCUUCCAUGAAGUGGAUGAAGAAUUGCUUAAGGAUGUGAUUCAGGUAAACGUGGAAGCCAAUUACAAGGUGACCAAGGCUGUUCUUCCUGGAAUGCUACAGAGGAAGAGAGGUGCCAUUGUGAAUAUAGGGUCGGGUUCUGUCACUGCCACACCUUCUUAUCCGCUUGUUUCUGUUUAUAAUGCCACCAAAGCUUACCUCCAUCAGUUGUCGAGAAACCUCCAUGUGGAAUGCAAAUUGAAUGGGAUUGAUGUGCAGUGCCAGGUACCUCUACUUGUGGCAACGAAGAUGUCAAGGUUAAAGAAAACUAACUUGUUUACACCGGCACCGGAGAAGUACUGUAAGGCGAGCAUACGAUGGAUUGGGUACGAACAUACAUGUGUGCCGUAUUGGCCACAUUCUAUACAGACCACUCUGAUUCGUGCUUUACCAGAGUCCUUGGUGGAUUGGUUAUGGUUCCAAUACUUACUCGCCAUGCGUAGGCAGGGACAAAUUCAGGUUUCUAAGAAGAAUAACAAAGCUAUAGGUGGGCAAGGGGACUUUUCCAAAGGGAGAUGA